AUGGAAAUCACGAAACCCGACCGCCCCCAAAAACAAAAACAAAUAAUAGAUAUCAGUGCGAACGCCGCACCAACGCCAAAUGCCACCCAGAUGACGCCAGAGGGCGUUAACAGGGGACAAGAGAAAGUAAGUCAAGCAACUCCCCAAACGCAAGGAGGACCCGCACAUAACAGAAAUCAAAAACCAAACAGAGGACGAAGGGUUCCCCCUAUCACUGUCUUCGAAACUAGAGGGUACACGACCUUGAUAGGGCAAAUCCAGGGGAAACUAACGGGUGCCCUCAGUACCACGUACAAGGGCGAUAGCAUCGUCUAUCAGGCUACAAACCCGGAGGAUUUCCAGUACCUGAAACAGGAAUUCAGGAAACGAAAUCUGGAAUUCUUUACUUACAACGACGACCCGAAGAGUACACUGAAGGUCGUCGUUAAAAGACUGACGCCCUACUGGACUCCAGAGGACGUCAAGAAUGCACUUAUCGAGAAGGGCUUUCCGGUACAGGGCGUCUUCCAAAUGUCUAAGCCGCAGACUGAAACCGAUGACUCUGGAAAUAUAGUUUCAGCGCCAAGAAGAAAAACGCCAAAUUUCCAGGUCAAUCUACUAAACACGGCGGAGGCAAGAAAAAUAUUUAAAGUAGAAAGACUAUUACACAUGAAAGUGACCGUAGAGUUAUAUCAAAAGCCAAGCGGGCCCACACAAUGUUAUCUAUGUCAGAGAUUUCGUCAUGGGGCAACCCAAUGUGAACUCGCCCCCAGGUGCGUUAAAUGUGCAGGUCCGCAUCUUUCUGGCGCCUGCACGAAGAAAAGAGAAGAACCGGCCAUAUGUGCCAACUGUAGGGGCAACCAUCCAGCCUCCUUCAGGGGCUGCCCAGUAAGAUUGAAGAUCGUCCAGGCGUGGGAUCGCCAGCGAGCAUCAGCUCCCGGAAGGCAGGAACCACUUCCUAGGGCACCACCAAGAAACUCCAACCCCCCUCCAGCACCACCCACGGAAGAAAUAAACCCCCCACCAUCCCCAACACCUACUAGAGCAGAAACAAGAAGCCCUCCCAACCCUGCCCAACCCCAACAGAGUACACAAAUACCCACUCCACAACAUCAACCGCUCCAGGAAGAAAGCCCUACCGGCAAUAGAACCUUAGCCGAGGUUGUGAAAACUGGGCGCACUCCUCCCCCCCCAAAUACCCCUAAAUCAAAGAAUCAACGAUUGCCCCCCAAGGCAACUCUGCCUAUAAAAAGAACACCUCCACAGGUCGUCUCUCCCCCACAAACCACACCCCUCCCCACCCCAACCCAACCUGAAACAGAGAGGGCAGCGAAAACACCACUGCCUUCAACAUCAAAGGCCACAAAUGUACAAACACCAAGGGUCAUUCCAGCCCAAGUCAUACCCGCCGAGCUAGGCCAAGCCACAGCUGCACCAGCAGAUACCAAUAACACAACCAACAUCGUCAGUGGCCAGACCACUGCACAGGAAAGUUCUGUUCAGGUCGAACAGGAACAGCCACUUCAGUUCCUUUCAAAGAUUUGGGCACUCAUUAAAUCCCUCAUUUCACCUGCUAUCCUUGAAGGCAUAACUCAGCUAUGUACCAAAAUAGCAACAGCCCCAGACAUAAUCACUACAAUCACAAUACUUGCCACCAACAUCUUACCACUGCUCUCCAAUGGCAAAUGA